AUGCCUCCACUACCUCCCGAUACUCAGCCUUUGGUUUCUGCUACGUACAUUCCUGGUGCUGAUUCUUUUGGUCCUGGCGUUGGCAUCCCUCCAUUGCACGCAUCACCUCCUCCACCACCGCCUUCCAGCACUCCUGGUCGUUCUCAGAAUCAGCAACAGUACCAUAAUGGUUAUUCGCAGCACCCACCAACCCCUCAGUAUCCGCUUGAUCCCAUGGAUGAUGGUAGAUGGCUUCAGUACAACCAGCCCAUUGCAAGUCAAUACAACUCGUACUACCAACCAUCGCAAUCUAUGCAGCAAUUGCGAUCUCAGCAGAGCAGGGAUUAUCUCUCAAAUGCUCCUCCGACCCCUUCAAACACAAGAGUGGUAGUGCUGCCUGCUAGAGAGACGCAGGAGCACUCUUCGCCUGCUCCACACAUGCUUUCCUUUGCUGAUUCUAAUUCAACACCGGUGCCUCAGCCACGUGAGCAACCACCUCCAGAGGUGCCUGCCUCGCCUCACGAUCUGCAAUGGCCUCUGGAGCGAGUUAUCGCUUGGCUUGCUGAUAAUGGCUUCUCUCACAUUUGGCAAGAAGCAUUCAAGCAUCUCAACAUCCAGGGCUCGCAAUUCCUUGAGAUUGGUCGAUCCCAAGGUAACAAACCAAACGUCGCUUUCUUGCACAAGACCGUCUAUCCCCAGCUGCAGAAGGAAUGCGCCAGUGCUGGCAUCGUGUGGGACCAAGCCAAAGACCGCGAGGAUGGCAAGAAGAUUCGAACACUAAUUCGUCGUAUUGUUGAUUCUGGAGGUAGCAGUGUGAAUGGCACCAGCUCAUCAAGCUUACCUUCACGUCAGCGGAGAGAGUCCUCACAGUUCCCACAUAGCGCAGACGCGGAUGGUGCUCUCGAGAGUUCACCCAUGAUGACCCGCCACGAGAUGACUUUCGGUUCAACUCCUACAACCGCUGGAGGAGGUGAAGACAGUCCUGGUCUGCAGAUGCCCAAUUCUUUCGCUCAACGGAGAUACUCGUCGCAACGUUCCGUCACGCUUGACUCUAUGACUUUGAUGAACAAGCAGCAUGACAUCUCAGACAGCCGAAGCGCAUUUUCUCGCGCUGCUCUUGGCGAGACUGACAUACCUCGGCGGCACAGUCCCAGUGUUUCGACAGAGCUCACCGCGAGUUAUGCACAAACCACUUCUCAUCUUCGCUCUGAUUUUGGCCGCCCAGGCUUUGAGCAAAGCCCACAGCAUAGUCCUGCUAUGCAACAAGCCCGUCCCGCCAAUCCUCCAUCUGCAACAGCACAUAAUCGUUACUACGGCAAUAACCAUCACAGACUCAGUGGUAGUGACUAUACAAAUCCCAGCGGUCCUGCUUCCAGUCGCAUCAUUGCUACUAGCGACGCGAACCAUGGUAAAACACCUCCGGUAGAUUCUCGCAGAUAUGCUCAGGAAGGAUCACGACCACCGCCACCUACAGAGCUUGCUUCUAGAACCAGCGCCGGAGAAGUCCCCCACAGUGCUACAGCAAGCGCGAAAGAACACAGGUCAGGCUUUCUCCGUAACUUCAUACGCCACAAACAGAAGAAUGAGAGAGAUCAUUCUCGUGACGAUCACAUGGAAUCACCUACAAGUCCAGCGCAAUCUCGACUGCUUACCAAGUCAAGUCUGAAUUCGAGCGAGACCUCGAUCGACAGACCCGCGUCUCGCAGGUCAGGACAUAUCACUGUGGAGGUAGAGAAGGCCCAGCAUAUACCCGAACGGGGAAGGUCUGCAGCGAGAGAAUCUGACAAGCGAUACGCAUUUGUUACUCCUGAUGGAUGGAACUACAGAUUGAUAGAUCUGACGACUGUUUCAACAGCCGAGGAGAUGCGAGCAACCAUAUGCUAUAAUCUCGGCAUUGUGGAAACACCUGAUUUGACUAUUCAUCAAACUUCGCCUGGCAAAGAGCAGCACGAAGAACCCCUUACAGACUCGCUGUUGUUAGCUGCACGUCACCACAUUUCUGAUUCGACGGGAAAGCUCAAGCUUUUGUUCGCUCAUCUGCCACCGAAUCCUCGCGUGAUCGGAUGGUAUCGCCUCUUCGCGCUGGGUCCUUCUCUAAGCCCGUCGAUCCCUCGACGUAUUCUCAACUCACUGGAGACGACAAGAUCGACACCUCCACUCUCAAAUCAAAUGAGUCUACCUUGGUACCUGAUAAAAAGCGGUCGUUGCAAAACCUCGUCCGCGACAUGGCUAGCGAGAACCUACUCUUACCGGACCGCGAUCUGCCUACUGACUUGUCUGCGCUUUCCGAGCCUGAGCGAUUGGCGAUACUUGAGAUCAAAGCCGAAGAGCAUCGAAGGGAGACACAGCGCAAGCAACAGGCGUAUCUGGAAACCAGACAGCAGCAAAGACUUCGAUUGGAGCACUCGCGUGAUCGUCUUGGCAAGGAUUUCUCGCCCAUCAGGCGCAAAGACAUAA